AUGGAUUCUUAUGACACUCAAAUCAGCAACUACGGCAACAAAGUGUGGACAAAAAAGCCAAGUUAUGGUGUCUCCCAGCAACGCAGUGUGGGGACAGAGGAGUAUGCAGGUCGUGCUGAGUACCUUGGGAAUAAAGAGAAAGACUGCACCCUGAGAAUCACAGACCUGAGAGAGAGUGACUCAGCUGAGUACUGGUUCACAUUCAAGACUCGGACGCAACUCGAUUGGUAUAAUUUCCUUCAAAGAGAGGAGCGUGUCAGGCUGUCUGUCACAGGCCUGCAGGUGAAGGCGUCUUCUGCCAUGGUGACCGAAGGAAAGGCGGUGAUACUGACCUGUAGAACCACCUGUACUCUGACUGACAACCCAAACCGCACCUACAUCUGGUACAAGAACGGACAACUCGUGAACACCCAAGAUAACUACCUGUUCCUAGACCCAGUCAGCAGAGAGGAUGCAGGCAGCUACUCCUGUAUUGCAAAAGGAUAUGAGAAUCUCCACUCUGCUGACGAGACUCUCACUGUCAUUUAUGCCCCCAAAAACACCUCAGUGUCAGUCAGUCCCUCUGGUGGAAUAGUGGAGGGCAGUUCAGUGACUCUGACCUGCAGCAGUGAUGCCAACCCACCUGUGGACAAAUACACCUGGUACAAGAAGAAUGUAACCACACCAAAAGCAUCAGGACAGAGUUACAGCAUCACUAACCUAAUCUCUGAGGACAGAGGAGAAUACUACUGUGAGGAUGUGAAUGAAGUUGGUGCCCAGAAUUCUACAUCUCAAUUGAUAAUUAUAGCAGGGAAAGAAACAUCUGUGAAGAAUGCAGCUACAGGUAUCACAGUGCUUGUUCUGGUUCUCAUCCUCUGUCUCUCUGGACUCAUGUGGUUCAGGAAGAAGGCCUCCACAUCCACCUCUGUCAGGAGGGACACAGCAGACAAUGGACAGGUAAACUCAAGUCUUGUUCAUGUCAACGUCUCAGGCAUGGCCAUGACCCCUACUGCAGCACAGAGAGCAGACACAGACAGCCAGGAUGAUGUUCACUACGCCAGCAUCUACUUCUCUGGCUCCAGUAUCCAUGAAGUGCCUCUGUACUCAACCAUCCAACUGCCUCGACCCCAGAAAGAGGAUGUCCUGUACGAUGUUGUGAAAUUCAACCGCGUCAGUGCUGCCACCCAACCUCUCUCACAGGAGGACCUCUCUGUGGUUUAUAGCACUGUCAACACACCCGGAAGCAAGUUGACCUGAAUGAAAGGAGACCUGAACACAACAAGAAGUGCUGAACACAAGAUGACUCUGCUUGGGAUUCAAUUGAAAGCACAUAGUCAACAAACAUACUACACUUGAAUUUUAAAGGUGAUUUAAGCCAACAUCCGCAGCAUUUACCACAAAUAUGAUCUCUGCAAACAUCAGGAAAAUUCUGGAAAAACUGCAUUGUCAGCAGAAGACACUUUUUAGACAUAUUUACUUUAUAUGACUAAAUAUAGGGUCUACUAUAGGGUUUAAUAUAGUAUAAUAUAGGGUUCAAUAUAGUAUACUAUAGGGUUUAAUAUGGUAUAAUAUAGGGUUUAAUAUAGUAUAAUAUAGGGUUUAAUAAAGUAUAAUAUAGGGUCUAAUAUAGAGUUUAAUAUAGUAUAAUAUAGCAUCUUGGCCUAUUUCUACAUGUCUCAUGGCUUGAGACUGAGCUUUGCUUUGUAUAACUGAAAGGGGACAAGACAAUACCAAACUUGUCAUUAAGCAGUAUUUCUUUAGCUCUUUGCGUGAGGUUUAGCGAGAGGAAAAUGUUGCCCUUAAUGCUUUAGGUCGUCAUGGGUGGUGGCACAACAAAUUGGGGAAUAAUUACUGUAGCUUCAGUACUGUUAACAAUUAAUGUACAAGACUGUACAACCACACUGUUAUUCACUUCAGGCCCUAUUCAUACUGGAGAUAAUUUCACUUCACAUGGACUUAAGUCACAAUGUUGAGUCUACUCAUCUCAAGUCUGAAUCGGGCCCUUCAAUCACAUGUUGCUAUUUAAUAUCUUUUUUUUUUUGUUCUUUGUAAAACGCUUUUAUAAAAUGCAAUAUCAUUACUCAAUUAGAAUGACUUUGAUUUAGGGUUGAACUAUCCUCUUAAAUAAAAGUAUAUGCUAAAA